AUGACACUGAUGGCCUCUUCUCCCUCAUACAAGACGCGUAUCCUGAACAAAUUGGCAUGCCUCCGGGAGCGUGACGUGCUGUGCGACAUCACCCUCCUGGCGGACGGCGAGUGCUUUCGGGCGCACAAAGCCCUUUUGGCGGCAAGCAGCGACUACUUUUCGCAGCUUUUCACUGCCAACUAUGGGGCCACCUGCCGGCUGGAUGGCGUGGCGGCGGCUGCAUGCGGGGCCGUGCUAGAGUUCAUCUACAGCUCCCAGGUGUGUGUGGAGGAGGGCGCUGGCGAUCAACUCCUGGCCGCCGCCCAGCUGCUGAAGGUGGGCGACCUCGUGGAGGCACUGCAGACCACGCCACGAUGCAAGACGGCGAGGGUCGCGAGUGGCUCGCUCGUCAAGAAUCGGAGGAAGAAGAGUCCCUCGUGUGGUGCUGGUGCCGAGAAACCACCGCGAGUAGAUGAUGACGGAGAAGAAGGGAAGUGGAGCGGUCGCUCGGGAAAGCGCAAGAUCACACUGCCCGUCAAGUAUGAUGCUUAUAAGGUGGGGGGAGAGGUUUCUGUAGGAGGGGGAGAAAAGGCCAAACGGUGCAAGAAGAGGAAAUCCCCUGACAUUGAGAUCAGGUGUCAUGACUGCGGCAAGGGCUUUAAAAAUCAUCUCUUCCUAAAGAUUCACCAACGCACACACACAGGUGAAAAACCAUUCUCAUGUCAAACGUGCGGCGCGGCGUUCACGCAGAAGCACACUCUGCUGGUGCAUCAGCGCAAGCACACGGGAGAGACGCCAUUUGUGUGCAGCGUUUGCUCCAAAGCCCUGGCCACCAAACACAGCCUGCGCGAGCACAUGAACCUCCAUCAAGAUAACAAGGCGUUCUGCUGUGAUAAAUGUGAAAAGAGGUUCACACAGAAGAGGCAGCUGAGAAGUCAUUAUCGGGUCCACACAGGCAAAUCGCUUCCUGAGUGCGCUCAGUGUCAACGCAAGUUUUUGGAUACAGCCCAGCUGAAAAAGCACCUGCGCACUCACACCGGUGAGAAGCCAUUCACGUGCGAGAUCUGCGGGAAGUGUUUUUCCGUCAAGAGCACCUUGCAGACGCACAUCCGGAUACACAGAGGCGAGAAGCCGUACCGCUGCGGCUUGUGCGAUAAGUCCUUCUCUGACUGCAGUGCACACCGCAGGCACGUGGCGUCGCACUCUGGUAAGAAGCCCUUCAACUGCUCGGCCUGCGGCCUCUCGUUUACUCGACUCGACAACCUCAAGACACACAUCAACACCCACAACAAGGAAAGGGUGUUUGAUCCGCCACCGGGCGGGGAACGCAGCGGUGGCCUACCGGCAGAGUGUCAGCUGGCGACAGGCUCAGACCAGGACCUUCACUUUGUCGUGGCGGGGGACAACAUCAGCUCCGUCUCGGGUCAGACGUCGGAAAUCAACCCCAUCCAGAUGCUGGGCGAGUCUGGGGCCGAGUCCUCCCAUGUCAUUACCUUCAGGCGGGACACCACAGAGCACCCGCAUGGCCAGCAGAUGGCGCCACAGCACGUCCACCUCAACCAAGCCAUCUCCAUCAGCCAGACGACCCAACACAUUUCGGGCCAACACAUCCAAGGACACACUUUCCAGAUCCAGGCCGGGACUGUUUCCUGCCUCUACGCCGCCACUGGACCGCCACCCGCGCAGAGUUGA